GUUACCAGCCAUUGGGUGUCGUUGCCUGUUGUCUUGUCAGUAGUGUCUAGUGCCCCAAAAUGGCUGCCAGCGACGAUGAGCCUAUGCAACAUUUGUACGAGGUUUUUACAACGUGUUUCAAUAAAAUAGCUAAUAAGGCACCAGAAAAACCGGGAUUUCAGUCGCCAUAUGCCGGAAUAGACAAUGGAAUGGCCUACGCCCUGAGCCCCACAGGUCCGGUGUACUCUGGUCCUGGGGCCAGUCCUACGCAGGCCUCCGGCGAGCCCUUCGCCGCGGACAGUCCCUACUUCCCCUUCGGAGCUAGACCGGGCAGCCGCCUGUCCCCCGCCAAGGCCAAGGGGGCAGGAGGGGUGCCAGCUCCCUCUGGAGCCUUGUCCAGGGGGCCUAAGGAGGAGCCGCAGCAGCCUACGGCGGCCACGGCUUUGGAUGGGCAACAAUGGGCAGCGGUGUACGGCUCAGAUGAGUUCACAGACUCCCCCCGUUACACCUCCCCAGGCGCCGCCACUGGUUCGGCGUACUACCUCGGACCCGAUGGUACCCCCAACGCUGUUGCAGGCGACUGGCCAUCCGCAUAUGGCGCCACCUACCAGGCCUACGAAGCGUACGGCCUCAUCGCGGAGCAGGAGCCCCAAGGAGGCCAAGGCCUACCUCCCAUGUCCUCCCUAAGGCCUAACGGCGCCCCUGCCACAACUAUAGCGGGUCCAGGGGGUGGAGGAGGUUUUGGAGCUCCCAAUGGACAUGCGGACGCUGUGGUGGCCAAAGGUUUGGGAUCGAUAUACCCUACCGCAGAGCAAGCCAGUGCAAGCAGUUAUAGUUCGGCCCCAAGUACACCUGUCAGUUCACCCCCACCAUUAGCACCUACAGGAUGGCUGACCAAUCACAAUACGCCUCAUUCUCCCCACUAUACGCAAGCUGUCACUGUCAACAACACCGCGCAAAACUUACACAAUAUGCCCGCCGCCCCUGAAGCACGUCUAGAUGACGCGAUUGGCUUUUUGCGAAACCAAGCCGAGGCUACGCAGGGUGCAAGAAUGGAAGAACGAUUAGAUGAUGCGAUAAACGUUUUAAGAAAUCACGCAGAGUCACAGAUAGGAUUAGGACAGCUCCCCAACAGUUUAGCUCCCCACCAGAUGACGCAACUCGGGUACAGCGCCCCCCCACCGCAAGAUCCCCACCUCUCGGACUCUGUCAAAGUGGAGCGACCCACAUACAACACAAGUGCCGUCGUUUUCAAUGAUGUUUUCAUUCCAGAAAAGCGCAAAGAGCCGCCAGAUAGCGACACCAAGCCCUCCAGUUCGGUGGAGAGUGUAGUUCAGCCAAACUCGACCAGCGGUCCCAAGUCCAGCAAACGGUCUAGGCGAUAUCAAUCAAGUAAUGCCGACGAGGACGAAACUAACGAAGACGGUUCGACGAAGGCCAUACGCGAAAAAGAGCGUAGACAGGCCAAUAACGUUCGGGAACGUUGUUCUAGCGCAGAUGAGACUGAGGAUGGUGAGUUAGAUCCAGAUGUUAAAGCCCAGAGGGAAAAGGAGAGGAGACAGGCAAAUAACGCACGAGAAAGGAUAAGAAUUCGGGAUAUCAACGAAGCCCUGAAAGAAUUAGGAAGAAUGUGCAUGGCACAUUUAAAGACAGACAAACCACAGACAAAAUUGGGUAUACUUAACAUGGCUGUCGAGGUUAUCAUGACCUUGGAACAGCAAGUCAGGGAGCGAAACCUGAACCCCAAAGCCGCUUGUCUGAAGCGGCGGGAAGAGGAAAAGGCUGAAGACGGCCCCAAAUUGGGGCCCGCGCCCCACCAUAACAUGCUCUCUGCCCCCCACUACUCCACACUACCCGUAAGUAUCGAUUAUGGUGCCCCCACUAACUUGCCACACAACGGACCGCCGCAGCAGCAAUAGCAUUGCUAGUAGCGCCGUCUGGCGGACGCUCCGUUAUUACCUGUAUAUAAAUAAUUUCGUACAAACAGUGAACGUUACAUAACAAUAUUAUAUUUUUUUAAGGAUGUUAAGUAGUGUGACGCGUCGGCGCGGUAGCGGCUUCAACUCUAUCGCCAUCUCCCUCUACCCCCCUACCAGUAGAAGCUUAGCUCCUCCUCCCAUCUAGUUCCCGCCUCCUUUUUUCUUUAGCUCCUCCCACCCGAGCCAAGGCCAUUUAUUUUCGUUACUACUUAAGUUUUCUACGUUGCAAAAUUUUUAUGUACGGAUAUUUCGUAUUGUUCAUUGAUUAUUGUACAGGGUGUUGCUUAAUGACAUGAAGAAUCUGUUUUAAGAAAAAAAAUCUUAUGAAUGUAUGUCCUAGAUAUCUUAACUUUUGAGAUACUUUUAAUAUUAAUAGUUUAACUUUUGAUGGUGAAUCUUUCUAAAAAAACGGGACAAGCCACGAUGCCUAAAGAAAAAAGGCCAGUGAAAAUAUCAUAUAUGAAAGUAUCGACGCUUUGGAAAAUCGAUACUUCCACCCAUUCCUAGUCUAAGAUUAAUUAGAACGGUCUAAAACUGUAACAAACAGUAAAAAGCAAUUGCAAUGGUAAAAACCAGUGGAAAUGUUUAUACAAAAUAUCGAAUACGAAAGUAUCGAUAGUGUGAAAAAUCGAUAGUUUCGCCCAUGUCUAGUCUAAUAGUAAAUAUCAGAAGUGGGACUUGUCCACCGAGGUUUUCGUAUAUUUCGUAUAUAUUACGAUUUUCUGGACAUACAGUCACUUGAAGGUUUUUUCUUAGAAUAUGUGAUAAUCACCCCCUUAAAAACACCCUGUAUAAGAAAAAGCGUCUUGGGUUUGACCGUUUUACCCUUAUUAUCUUGUACAUAGCACGAAAAUUGUUCUAAAACUAUAAUUACUGUAAGAUAUAUUAUUCGGGUGUACAUAUUUAUAGUAAAAAUAAAAUAAAUGCCUUAGAAAUGGGUUCGGUGCCCACAGGCAUAUAUGCGUAACAGCGACAAUAUUUGCGAUUAAAAACUGAAAAUAACGGGUUAUCGAGAGAAAAAAAACGAUGUCGUAGUAGGCAUAGACAUAAAAAAAUUCUACGCCUACCGUGACGUCGAUUUUUUUUUCGAUGACGCGUUAAUUCGAAACGCAAGACGCUUUUUUAGGUAGCACAAAUGACAGAAGCUGCUUUAGUUUGGUUUGGGAAUACACGUACGUGCCAAAUUCUAUAAAAAAUACUCUUUUUUUAAUAAUAAUAAUAAUAAUACGCCUCUCUAUGUAUUUUUUUAUAUAUAUUUAGUAUUUUAGGUUGUUUUUUUUCAGCUACUUAAUAAUGUUAUGAUCUCUGUUGUUUUGCCAUGAGUACAUACAUAGAUUUUGUCUGACUUAGUCUAUGUUUUUAAUAUAAGUUUGAAUUUUCUCUUAUUUUUUUUUUUUUGACUGAAAUAAUGACAAGAAAAAUAAAUAUUUUUUUGUCAGGAUUAUCAAGGGUUUUGAACCAGUGUGAUCUGAGUUGCUCACUAAAAAGACGACACUUAAGUUUUGUAUUAAAAUCUUAUUGGAUGUCAAAGUAAUGUGCCAUUUUUUUGUGGAUACUUGUAUUAACUUAAUAAUUUUCUCAAACCAAGCUGAAGCAGCUACACUUUUUUUUAAUGCCAAGAGCCAGUAUUUUCGAAAAAAAAAAUGUUCAAUUUUACUGAAUUUGUACAUAUAUAAGUAGUUAACUCUAUUAUUUUGUGUCUUCACUAUUUAAAUUUGCAGUAUUUAAGUCUUAGGCAUAUUCU